AUAGAUUAUGCAUGUGUCGUGGUGCCAGAACGAAUAAGCCGGUGAUCAGUUUGCUUUUGGCAUAUUUUUCCUGUGGUGUAAGAUUUUCUGAUUUUAAUCAAUUUCUGAAAUAAAGGUUUACCGGAAUGAAUCUGCCUGCCCCGGUAAUCAGCAGUAAAAACUGGCUGCGACUCCACUUCACAUCAGAUGGCAACCACAGGCAGAAGGGGUUCAGUGCACAAUAUCAAGUCAAGAAGCAAAUUGAGCUGAAGUCCCGAGGAGUGAAGCUAAUGCCCAGCAAAGACAAUAACCAGAAGACAUCAGUGUACCGGUUGUCGGCAACCUUUUCAGACUGUGGACCAGAACAACCGAGCUUGGGUCAGAGGUAGGCAGGCAGACGCUAGGACCUGGC